AUAAACGAACAACUAACUUGUGACUGAAUAUGAUUUAAGUUGGCGUUGUUUCGUUUUUUACUCAGAAUACCAUUAACAGUUGUGUGAGAGUUUUGCAAAAAUGGCAUCAAAUUUGAGUGUUGUGUUUUUGUUAUUGUUUGUUUAUCAAGUUUGUUUCUCAGCAUCGAUUCCAACUGAGAUAUCAACAACUACCGUCAAAACAGUCGAACAAUCGGAAGAAUUCAUCAAAAUGAAGCUCCAAUUGGAAAAAAACCUGAACGAAGUCGAGAAAAUAGAAUUAAAUGGUGCCAUAUUCAACCUUACGAUGGCCGAUACAUUAGAACAAGGCAUUGAAGGAGCGUUGAAGUUGAUCCAGAUUGGUGUUAUGGCUGCUUUAAGAGAAGAGGAAACAUCUCCCCCGACUCCAGCUCCAAGUGCAGCAUCACCUUAGAACAAACCAUCUGUGAAUUUAGUGUGAAUCUGAAGAAAACGAAUUAAAAUAUUUGGCCAAACAAUGGCCAAAAAAUUGA